AAAUAUGAGGAACUUAUUUCAGGUGACUACCACCAAAGAGAAAAGACAUGAAAUACCCAUAGCAGGCAUCUAACGUAAAAAGUAGAAUGAAUAAGUGUAAUAUACAACUUCCCUCCCAAAAAAAUCCUGAACUUUUGAUAGAAUUAUUUUGGUGUUUGUGGAUUAAGUUUAUUUAGAAACCUGUUUGGAGGUUAUGGAUGAUCAGCCCAAUCCUGGAACCCUAAGUGAGAGUUCAGAACUUCUCUUCUCCUUUGGAGUUAUCACAGAUAUUCAAUAUGCUGACUUAGAAGACGGCUAUAAUUUCAGUGGAAGCAGACGGAGGUACUACAGACACAGUCUUCUUCACCUACAGGGUGCUAUUGAACACUGGAAUAAAGAAAGCAGCCCACCCUGUUGUGUACUUCAGCUUGGAGAUAUCAUCGAUGGAUAUAAUGCGCAAUGUAAAGCAUCAGAAAAGUCUCUAGAAGUUGUUAUGAACACAUUCCAAAGGCUUAAAGUCCCAGUUCAUCAUACAUGGGGAAAUCAUGAAUUCUAUAACUUCAGCAGAGACUAUUUAACAAGCUCUAAACUUAACACCAAGUUUCUAGAAGACCAAAUUGUACAUCAUCCUGAGACUAUGCCUUCAGAGGAUUACUAUGCUUACCAUUUUGUGCCAUUCCCUAAAUUCCGGUUCAUUUUACUCGAUGCUUAUGACUUGAGUGUCUUGGGCGUGGAUCAGUCUUCUCCAAAAUACCAGCAGUGUCUGAAGAUACUGAGGGAGCACAAUCCAAACACGGAAUUGAAUAGUCCUCAAGGACUUUCUGAGCCCCAGUUUGUCCAGUUUAAUGGAGGAUUCAGCCAAGAACAGCUGAACUGGUUGAAUGAAGUUCUUACAUUCUCUGACACAAACCAAGAAAAAGUGGUGAUUGUGAGCCAUCUUCCCAUUUACCCUGAGGCCUCUGACCGUGUGUGCCUGGCCUGGAAUUACAGAGAUGCCCUGGGGAUCAUUUGGUCUCACCAGUGUGUGGUGUGUUUCUUCGCUGGUCACACUCACGAUGGUGGCUACUCUAAGGAUCCUUUUGGUGUGCACCACGUCAACCUGGAAGGGGUUAUUGAAACAGCUCCGGACAGCCAGGCUUUUGGCACAGUUCACGUCUAUCCUGACAAAAUGAUGUUGAAAGGGAGAGGCAGAGUUCCAGACAGAAUUAUAAAUUACGAGAAGGAAAGAACUUUCCAUUUGUAGUUUGAUUUUGUUUACCUUUAUAGACAGAGAGUGACUUAGCUUUGUGUUUUUGUUCCCCUCCUGGCCCCCAAAUCCUCAGUCUCAUUGUUUAGUAGUUAUUUGCAUAACAAAAUGUGCGUAUGGCUUCAGUGUGUGGUAGCUCCUCAGAUAUUCUGAAAUGGCAUUUUUGGAUAAUAUAUCCAGUGCUGAAAAUUAGAAACAAAAUGAAUGAAAGUGGCAUGAA